AUGGGUAUCUUGGCAAAAAUCUUGGUAAGAUUUACUACGGGUAUCUUGGCAAGAAUAUUGGUAAGAAUUACUAUGGGUUUCUUGGCUAGAAUCUUCGCAAGAAUUACCACAGGGAUUCUUGGCAAGAAUUACUACGGGAAUCGUGGAAAGAAUCAUGGCAAGAAUUACCACGGGAAUAUUAGCAAGAAUCUUGGUAAGAAUUACCACGGGAAUCUUGGUAAGUAUCUUGGUAAGAAUUACUACGGUAAUCUUGGCAAAAAUCUUGGCAAGAAUGACCACGGGAAUCUUGGCAAGAAUCUUGCUAAGAAUUAAAAUGGGUAUUUUGGCAAGAAUCUUGGAAAGAAUUAGAACGGGAAUCUUAGCAAGAAUCUUGGUAAGAUUUACUAUCGGUACCUUGGUAAGAAUCUUGGCAAGAUUUAACAUGGGUAUCUUGGCAAGAAUGUUGGUAAGAUUUGCUAUAGAUAUCUUGGCAAGAAUCUUGGUAAGAAUUACUAUGGGUAUCUUGGCUAAAAUCUUGGCAAGAAUUACCACGGGGAAUUUUGGCAAGAAUUACCACGGGAAUCUUGGCAAGAAAUCUGGUAAGAAGUACAAUAGGUAUCUUGGAAAGAAUCUUGGCAAGAAUUACAACGGGAAUCUUGGCAAAAAUCUUGGUAAGAAUCACUAGGGUAAUCUUGGUAAGAAUCUUGGCAAGAAUCUUGGCAAGACUUACCACGGGAACCUUGGCAAGAAUCUUGGCAAGAAUUACCAGAGGAAACUUGGCAAAAAUCUUGGUAAGAAUUACUACACAAAUCUUGGCAAGAAUCUUGCUAAGAAUUACCGCGGGGAUCUUGGCAAGAAUCUCGGCAAGUAUUGCCACAGGAAUCUUGGCAAGAAUUACCACAGGAAUCUUGGCAAGGACCUUGGCAAGAAUUACCACGGGAAUCGUGGCAAGAAUUACCACAGGAAUCUUGGCAAGAAUCUUGGUAAGAAUUAGUACGGGAAUCUUGCCAAGAAUCUUGGUAAGAAUUACCGCGGGGAUCUUGGCAAGAAUCUCGGCAAGAAUUGUCACAGGAAUCUUGGCAAGAAUUACUAUGGGUAUCUCGGCAAGAAUCUUGGAAAGAUUUACUAUAGGUAUCUUGACAAGAAUCGUGGUAAGAAUUACUAUAGGUAUCUUGGCAAGAUUUACUAUGGUUACCUUGGUAAGAAUUACUAUGGGUAUCUUGGCAAGAAUCUUGGCAAGAAUUAUCACGGGAAUCUUGGGAAGAAUUACUAUGGGAAUCUUGGCAAGAAUUAUCACAGGAAUCGAGGCAAGAAUCUUGGUAAGAAUUACUACAGGAAUCUUGGCAAGAAUCUUGGUAAGAAUUACCGCAGGAUCUUGGCAAGAAUCUCGGCAAGAAUUGCCACAGGAAUUUUGGAAAGAAUCUUGGCUAGAAUUACCAUGGGUAUCUCGGCAAGAAUCAUGGUAAGAUUUACUAAAGGUAUCUUGGGAAGAAUCUUGGUAACAUUUACUAUGGGUAUGUUGGCAAGAAUCGAGGUAAGAAUUACUAUGGCAAUCUUGCCAAGAAUCUUGCCAAGAAUUACCGCAGGAACCUUGGCAAGAAUCUUGGUAAGAAUUACUACAGUAAUCUUGGCAAGAAUCUCGGCAAGAAUUGCCAAAGGAAUCUUGGCAAGAAUCUUGGCAAGAAUUACUAUGGGUAUCUCGGCAAAAAUCUUGGUAUGAUUUACUAAAGGUAUCUUGGCAAGAAUCUUGGUAACAAUUACUAUGGGUGUGUUACCACGGGAAUCUUGGCAAGAAUUCUGGUAAGAAGUACAAUUGGUAUCUUGGCAAGAAUCUUGGCAAGAAUUACAACGGGAAUCUUGGCAAAAAUCUUGGUAAGAUUUACUAUAGGUAUCUUGGCAAGAAUCUUGGUAAGAAUUACUAUCACUAGCUUGGUAAGAAUCUUGGUAAGAUUUACCAUGGGUAUCUUGGCAAGAAUCUUGGUAAGAAUUACUACGGGAAUCUUAGCAAGAAUUUACUUUAGGUAUCUUGGCUACAAUCUUGGCUAGAAUUACCAGGGGAAUCGUGGUAAGAAUCUUAGUAAGAUUUACUAUCAGUAGCUUGGAGAGAACCUUGGUAAGAAUUAAUACGGGUAUCUUGGCUAGAAUCUUAGUAAGAUUUACUAUCAGUAGCUUGGUAAGAAUCUUGGUAAGAUUUACCAUGGGUAUCUUGGCAAGAAUCUUGGUAAGAAUUACUACGGGAAUCUUAGCAAGAAUUACCACGGGAAUCUUGGAAAUAAUCUUGGUACGAUUUACUUUAGGUAUCUUGGCAAGAAUCUUGGUAAGAAUUACUAUGGUUAUCUUGGCAAGAAUCGUGGUAAGAUUAACUAUGGCUAUCUUGGCAAGAAUUUUGGUAUGAAUUAGUAUGGGUAUCUUGGCAAGAAUUAUCACCCAAAUCUUGGCAAGAUUCUUGGCGAGAAUUAGCACGGGAAUCUUGGAAAGAUUCUUGGUAAGAUUUACUAUAGGUACCUUGGCAAGAAUCUUGGUAAGAUUUACUAAAGGUAUCUUGGCAAGAAUCUUGGUACGAAUUAGUAUGGGUAUCUUGGCAAGAACUUUGGUAAGAAUUACUAUGGUUAUCUUGGCAAGAAUCUUGGUAAGAUUAACUAUGGGUAUCUUGGCAAGAAUCUAGGUAAGAAUUAGUAUGAAUAACUUGGGAAGAAUUAUCACCCAAAUCUUGGCAAGAUUCUUGGCAAGAAUGACCCCGGGAAUCUUGGAAAGAAUCUUGGUAAGAUUUACUAUAGGUAUCUUGGCAAGAAUCUUGGUAAGAUUUACUAUCGGUACCUUGGUAAGAAUCUUGGUAAGAUUUAA